AUGAAAUUUCUCUGUCUUUAUGGGGGCGGGACAGGCGAGCAGUUGUUCAAGGAACAGCUAGAGCCCCUCAACGCUGCAUUGUCUGCUGAAUACCAGGUCCAAUUCCAAUAUGCGAAACCGUUGCAUGAAAUACCAUUUAUCUCAGCCGAUCUGGCUGCAUAUGCAGGCCCAGGACCAUACCUGCGGUAUGUUGAGUAUCCCCAGGAAGCCACUGUACCAGGUCUGCUCCAAGAAAUCGAUGGAACCGGGAUGGACAGUGCUGAGCAGGUAUGGCGCGAUGCGUUCGACUGGUUCUAUCCAAAGGGAUUGGACGAGCAGCGUCAGUUCAAGGAGAGCAUUGGCCGGUCUGUUGGGUAUCUGAAUGAUAUAAUUGACCAAGAUGGGCCCUUUGAUGGUCUAAUUGGGUACUGUGAAGGAGCUUCAAUCGGGGCUGCGCUCAUUUUCGACCGCCUAACUCGCCAAGCCCCUAAUCCGUUCAAGUGUGCGCUCUUUUACGGUGGAUACGCCCCCUACGUUUCCAAUGGGUCCAAGUUCGUUCUCGCCGAUGAGGUCGGGACGGUCUUCCACUUUCCCACUUGCCAUGUCAUCGGAUCGGAUGACCCCAUGAUCGACGGCUGCAGAACGUUGUUGAACCUAUGUGACAGUGCCCAAGCGACGGUAGUGGAAGGAGGAGCGGCCCACUUGAUGCCUCAGGAUAGUUUCGCUAUUCAGGCCGUCAAUGAUGCGUUUUGCAGAAUGGUAGAAUCGGCAGUUUAA